AUGAGCUUGAACGUACAGCUCGAUCGGAACCAGCCACGCACGCCGGCGACAGACAGCCGCGCGUUGCAGACGCUCAUCAAGACAGAGAAGACAUAUGUGGAUGACAUGCUCACUGCGACAUCCGCCGCGAUCUCCGCGGCAUCGUCGUUGCAUGCAUGGGGCUUGAGUGAGACGCCUGACUUGGACGAGGCGACAGGAGCCGUGGCUCACAUGCUGGAAGCCGCGGCGAAUGCGCAAAAGACCUAUUCGCAGGCGCUGCAUCAGUACCGCGACUCGCUCAAGGAUAUGUUGGACCGCGAGCAGAGCAUUCGCAGCAUUGUGCGUGACCGUGACAUUUUGAUGAACCGUAUCAUCAAGUACAGUCAGAAAAAGCCGUCGCGGUGGGAGAUGAUCAAGGGCGAAGAGGAAUACCAGGCGCGUAUUGCGGAUACGGAGCGCGAGCUUCAGGCCUGUGAACAGACCUUGGCGAACGAGACGGCAGCGCUGAUUGGUGUUAAGCGUCGGACGUUCAAAGAAGCGUUUAUGAUGCGUGCCAAGACGCUGGGCGAUAUGGGCGCGGCCAUGAUGGAUUCGGCACGCAACAUGCUCAUGUACCUGGACUCCUUUGACGCGGACAUCCCCGUCGCCCCUGUACCUGUGACGCCGCAUACUUCCAUGUCGCAAGCGCAGCCGAUGACGACGUACAGCCAGGGCGCCUCACAGAACAUUUUCUUGCCUGACACGGACACGACGGGCUAUAUGUCACCAGAGCCGGGGAUGGCGCCUGCCGAUGUGCCGCCGCAGGAUGCCUACGCAGCGUAUGGCCAGGAAGCUUACGCGCAGCCAGGGCAGGUCGCCUAUACACAGCCAGGGCAGGAGGCUUAUGCGUCGUACGCACAGCCAGCGCAGGAUGCGCAGGAUGCGUACCCAUCGUACAGCCAGGAGUAUGCGCGGUAUGGCGAUGCGUACCAGACGGAGCAGCCUGUCUACCAAACGGAACAGCCAGCCUACCACGACCCGUCCUACGCGCAGGAUGGCUACGUGUCUGGGCGCGAGACGUUCAUGACACCCGAGCCCCAGGCGGAUAUGUAUGCCCAGGACCCGUAUGCGUACGCCACCAAGGAAGUGCCGGGCCUUCCUCAAGAUGAUGUGCCGCGUCCACGAUCGCGCUCGCGCCGACCUCGUAUGGAGCGCGCUAGCAGUGCAUCGGCCCUUAAUGAAGCCAAGCCACGCAAGAAGUCGCAGCACCGCUCUUCGUCGAGCAUGUCGUUUGCGAGUGGGGCAGCGAACCUACCGCAAGUGCCUGGCGGUGUACCAAGUGCGCCACGCCUCAACUUGGAGCAUGCUCGCGAUGGAUUCGUUGCGCCGACGGUGCCUGGCGGCGUGCCGACAGCGCCACGCCUGUUUAUGCACCAGGCAAACGAUGAAGUAGCUAGCACCGCGGAUACGUCGGUGGUGUACCGACCUACGCGCCGCCGUAACUACGCAGACAACGACUCGGACUCGGACGACGAUGGCUGGCGUCGUCCGCGUCACCAGCGCUCGAGCAGCCACGGCGGCGCUAGCGGUGGCGGUGGCGGCUUUUUCUCGCGUGUAUCGAACCUCUUCCGCUCGGAUCUGCGGGGCGAGACCAAGUCGUCGCUGGGGCAUCGUGGUGGCACGGACUCUCUUUUCUCGCCGAUGACAGAACGUACGCAUGGCGGUCGCGCCUCGCGCUCGUCGAGGACGCGAUGGACGCAGGGCGGUGAGAGCAGUGAUGACGAGCCGAACGUCGGUGUUGUGCGCCAUGUGAACAACCGCCCUGGAAGCAGCUUGCAGCGUCUUCGCUCGCCUGUGCGCACGGCCGAAGAGCAGGCGUUGGACGAGGCGAUUCGUCGUAGUGUCAUUGGCGCUGGCAUUGCUCCGGCAGGGGCUGCCAAGCGCCCAACCUCGCGGCAGUCGGAUGCGUAUGGCAUUGGUGCAGGCCCCCCACCCUCGAGUGUGCUGCGUGAGCGGGCGUCGCAGCGUCACUCGGUCGAGGUGGGCGACUCGCUUGGUCGUCCUGCGUCUGCUGGCGCUACGUUGCGCCCACGCAGCAGCUCGGAGCAGAUCGGCAAGGCGAAGCCGAAGGGCAAGAAGAAGAAGAAGAGGGAUGCAGGCGCUCACCCACCGCCUGCGCCAUCGAGCUAUGCCAACGCGUACGGGACCAAUGCGAGCAAGUUUGAGACAGAUUCAUGGGUGGCACGGCCCAGCUCCAGCAUGGAAUUGUCGUCGGCGCCUGCACGCCCACGCAGUGCGAUGAGCUCGUCAGGCCGUGCGACGCCGCUCAAGUCGGCCAUGAAGUCCAAGGGCACACCCGCAAGCAACAAACACAUCUCGAUUAUCGAGGGCGAUGUAUCCGCGGAGAUGAACCAACUCACGCUGGAUGUCGAUCGCCAGAUCGACGGCACGGGCCAUCUUGAUCUCAACCUGGGCGAGCUCUCAACGACCAAGCCUGCGACGCCAUCCACGACGACGACCAUCGCCCCGGCGCUCUCCUACUUGGGCCAACCUGUCGCACCCUCUUCGACUACGACGCACGUGACAGAGGCGGCGUCCGUGCCUCACAGCGCGAGUGUUGGCACGGAUGCGGCGGAGACGUACCGUGCGUUCUUGCAGGCUGAUGGCCAAGUGCCGCCUGCUGCGUCGCCUGUGACUACGUUGCAAGACGCUCAGCCACCGAUCACAUCGAUGCCGUCGCUCUACGGCUCAACGACGACGGCCGCCGUCGCGUCCCCGGUGCCCGCCGCGGAACUUCCUAAGAAGAAGAAAAAGUCGGCAAAGGUGGUUCCCCCAAGUGAGCCCGUAUCGAAUGAGCCGGCAGUGCUGGCGUCGUCGAUUACUGCCGAGGCGGCGGCGCGCAUGCCGCGUCGUGAGACGGCAGUCAGUCCUGCGCCUCUCUCAUUGCAUCCACCUCCACGUCCUCCACGUGCCACCUCGCCGAAUACACGUCGCGUGGCCAAGCCGAUCGCCCCGGUGACGGAAGAGGACUCGAGUGACGAGGGUCAUCGGUCGACGUGGACUUCGCGUGUGCACCGCGUGGACGACUCGAGUGACGAGGACGAAGGCGGCGCAGGCGCAUACGACGGCAACGACUACAACUCUGCCCGUCAGGCUUUCGGUAGUGCCACCCACCAUCUUGGGCUGGCCACAGGCUCGAUUACGCCGCAGCCAUAG